AUGCCAGACACGCGCAAAACGUCGUCAACGGUGGCGAAGGUCGUACCGGUGCAUCGAGGGAAAGCCACCGGAUCGGACACCUGUCAGCGAGCGUGGACCGAAGGCGACAAACAACCGGAACCGGAACGAGUACCAUUCCUAGCUACGACAGGAAGUGCGUCAGACGGCAGCGAUACCAGCCUGGAACGGACGCGUCGGGCGUGGCGCGAAACGAAAAGAGCGCUCAUUUUCUCCAUCGAUCUGGAGCGAGGUCUCACCGGCAAGCAGUCACCGUCUGGAACACCUUCGGAGGACUCGACCGGUAGCAGUGGAUCGAGUGCCAGCAGUAACGAUGAUUCUCACAGCGAUGCCAAACUAGUCGAUAAGGUGCCAAAGGUGAAUCGACGGAAGCGGAAACCCGGGACCAGCCAGACCACGAAAUUGGCCCAGUUGCGUCAGUGUUGCCCUUGGACCGUGCCGUGGUGUCUGUUGGUUGUCAGUGCCCUGCAGAUAGCUAUCUUUAAACUCAACAACGCUGCCCUGCAUCAGAAACUCAUAUUCUCACCAGUGAAACAGCACGAGAUUUGGCGAUUUGUGACGUACACAUUUCUGCACGCCGGGAAUAUACAUUUGGUGCUUAACAUCAUCAUUCAGAUCCUCGUAGGAUUUCCACUGGAGACGGAACAGGGCCAUUUAAGGGUGCUGUUCACGUACUUCGCCGGCGUAAUGGCCGGUGGAUUGGGUGCUUCCAUAUUCGAGCCUUCGCUGAUGGUCGGAGCUUCAGCCGGAGUGUAUUGUUUGCUCGUGAGCCAUAUCCCACAUAUCAUCCUGAACUUUCGCUCGCUGUCUUAUCGCUUCUAUCGGCUAGCUGCCGUGCUGAUGCUGUGCAUCAGCGACAUCAUGUACUCCAUUCGACACUGCCUUACCAAAGGGAACCUGCAACCGCGAAUUGGCGUUGCGGCACACAUCAGUGGCGCCAUCUGUGGUCUGCUGAUCGGUUUCGUCAUCUACAAGUCCAAAGUACAACCCGAGUCGUGCGGUAUGAUCACGGUUUUCAGACUACUGCGCUACCUAGCCAUCGCGCUUCUGGUGGCGUGGAUAGGCUGCACCGUGCUCUAUAACCUCGACCGGAAUCAUGUGAUUGAGAUCCUUUAGCCAUAAGGGCCAGUGCCGGGAACGUAGUCAAUAAGUUAAGUUUCGAAACGCUAGCUUUUCUACUCGAAUUCAAUUGUACAGUAUACAAUAAG